UUAGCCAUUGUUCGUGCUUCUUCGAUUUUUCCAUUUUCUAUCAAAGGAGUCAGGAAAAGCGGUGUGCCUGCAUCCUCUCCAUCAGUGAGGCUAAAUUCCUUCAGUUUUGGAUAUACGUUCAAAAAUCCUGUACUUUCGUACGGUAAUACGAGGCACAAUAAGCUCAGAACGAAGACACCGUUCAUGUUGCUGGCUGAAUCGCGAUUAAUUUCACUUCCUCGCGUUGCGAACUGCGAGAUCGGUAAAUGCGCCGAAUUCUGAUUUUAUCGCCAAUGAUUUAUUUAUAUCAAGCUUUAUAUCAUGCGUAUUCAGCAUGACCAUUUAUUUUUUUUAUUCGCUUUAGGCGUGUGUAUGUUCAAUCGAGCCAAUAAUCGUAGGCUCUUUGUUUUGUUUACCACUCUCUCCGCUGUAUUUGACAUCUGACUAUAUCGAUCAGCUGAUCAAACAACCUAACCGCAACGUUUUCUUAUGAACUUAUUUCAUGCUUUCUUUCACUUUCACGCUCCAAGGACGUGUUAAGAAUUAAAACAAAUUGCUGUGGUACAUUUAUUCUAUAUCAAAUCAAGUAUUUGCACACAGCCAUAUAAAUAUUCAAAAUGAAUGAUUCUUUCUUGGAAGAGCUAGAGAUCUGGAAUGGCUCUACACUAAAACAAUCAAAGAAGACAACUGAGGAACAAGUGGAUCGUCAUGUAACUACCAGGCAUGCUACUUCAUCUCCGUUACUUGAAUUCUCAGAGCAAGAUGAGAAAGAUAAUAUUACGCAACCAGAGAAGAAAUAUUCUAUAACAGGUUCAACUACAUCUAAUAUGAAGACUAUAAUCAGUAAAGAUUCUUCAAAAAUCUCUAAAAAACAAGCUGAUCAAAAUAUAAAAAAGCUUUCUGUGAAUAUAAAAGAAGAGAAAAUUGAGAAGAUUGUAGAUAAUAAAGGGAAAUCUGCAGAUAUAAAAAUAAAAAUUGAACCUAGCCAGAGCAUUAGCGGAGAACACAAAAUAAAAUUGCAAGAUACAAGAUAUCAUAAGGUACCUGAAAAUAAAAUUGCGAAUAAAGAUCGUGUUCGGCGUUCCGGAUCACACAAGGAAACUAUUCAUUCCUUAAAUACUUCUAGUAAGGAGAAUAGACGUUCUUCUGAUUCUUCCAAUUCUUGUGAUACUUCCAGUAAAGAGAAUAAUCGUCCUUCAGAUCCUUCUUCCAGAGAGGUUGGUUUUCAUUUGAUUAAAGAGAAAGGAAAGUUGCUUGAUAAAUCGAAGAAAUCGACUUUUAAAAUACAAGAUCAAGAUCCAGUUGGUUUGCUUACAGCUAUUAAAGAAUUAAUAAGUACGUAUACUAAGCAAGAAAGUACAAAGAUUCUACGUGCUAUGCAGGACCUACAUAUAAACACCCAAGCUGCCUUGAUAAAAAAUCUCUUGAAUCAGACAGAUGAUCUGGUCAAAGAAAUGCAUCCCAGUAAAGAUUCUGCUAGAAUGAAAGCCUUGAUUGAGGAGAAUGAGCGGUUACAGCAAGAAUUGAUUGCUUUGCGGGUGCAAAAUGAAAGUCUGCAGAAUAAAUUAGAAGAAUUUGAAUUUUUAAAACAAGAAAACACUGUCUUAAAAUUGAAGUGCCAUGAAUUAACACAAUCAUAACAUCAAAUGGUUGCAAGAAAAUAAAAUAUUCAUUUUUUUUAUUAUGCACAAAGUGCCAAUUGCAUUUUAAUUGCUUAUUAUUUUAAAAAUCAUAUUUUGUAUUGAUAAGCUUUUGUAUUGUCAGCUAAGAAAAGUAUUUGUAAGAUCUACUAAAAAAAAGAUUUUAAUCUAAUAUUUAUAACUAUGAUAUUUCCAUGUCUCUCUAAUACAAAAUAAUGCAUAAAAAUAAUAGCAUUCUGCCAUUUAAGUAUUAAUACACUACAUAAUGUGGUAAAAUAUAAUAGAAUCUUUACACUCUUAUUAAAACAUAAUU